GCCCCGCCCCCUCCCGCGAGCCUCCCGGAAGUUGCCUGUCGGGAGCUGGGCGCGCAGCUCCGCGCGGUGCCUGACUCGCCCGAGGAGUAAGUAGUCUCUGGGCGAGAGUAUCCUCCCGGGAGAGAGCGUCCGCGCCCAGGCUGGGGCCGCACAUUCACGUGCGCGGAGCCGCGGCUGGUGACGAUGGCGGGGCCACAGCCCCUGGCGCUGCAGCUGGAACAGUUGUUGAACCCGCGACCGCGCGAGGAGGAUCCUGAGGCCGAUCCGGAGGAGGCCACUGCUGCCAGAGUGAUUGACAGGUUUGAUGAAGGGGAAGAUGGGGAAGGUGACUUCCUGGCUGUGGGUAGCAUUAGAAAAUUGGCAUCAACCUCCCCACUGGACACAGAUAAAAGGUAUUCUGGCAAAACCAUCUCCAGAAAAGCAUGGAAGGAAGACCAUUGGGAGUAUCCUUUGUCAGGUUCUGACAAGGAAAUAUCUGAUGAGGAAGAGUCUGGAGAUGGCGCUUCAGAGGGGCUGGGUUGGGAGGAAUCCAGUGAGGACUCCAUGAGUGCCGCUGAGGACCAGCAGUGUGGUGGUGAUGCGGACAGUCGUCUGGCCCAGAGGAAGGGGAGCAGAAGCUGCUCCAGGAACACCCCAGGCUUCAGUGUCCAGAACAUCAGUGACUUUGAAAAAUUUACUGAGGGAAUGGAUGAGCUCGGUAGCAGUGAGGAUGAGGAAGACGAAGAGGAGGAGAGUGGCAUGGAAGAAGGGGAUGAUGAGGAAGACUUCGAGGUUGAGGGGGAGGAAGACAGAGCGGAAGGCAGGAUCAGUGAAGAUGAUGGUGUGGUGAUGACCUUCUCCAGUGUCAAAGUUUCCGAGGAAGUGGAGAAAGGCAGAGCUGUGAAGAACCAGAUAGCACUGUGGGACCAACUCUUGGAAGCAAGGAUCAAACUACAAAAAGCUUUGUUGACUACCAAUCAGCUUCCUCAACCAGAUGUUUUCCCAGUUUUCAAGGACAAAGGUGGCCCAGAAUUUGCCAGCGCCCUAAAAAAUAGUCACAAGGCACUUAAAGCAUUGCUGAGGUCAUUGGUGGACCUCCAGGAAGAGCUGCUUUUCCAGUACCCAGACACUAGGUAUCUAGUAAGUGGAACAAAGCCCAAACCAGAAAGUGAGGAAGAGAUUUCCAGUGAAGAUGAAGAGCUAGUAGAAGAGAAGAAGCAGCAGAGAAGGGCCCCACCAAAACGGAAGCUGGAGAUGGAUGGCUAUCCCAGUUUCAUGGCAAAGCGCUUUGCUGACUUUACUGUCUACAGGAACCGCACACUUCAGAAGUGGCAUGACAAAACCAAGCUGGCUUCCGGGAAGCUGGGGAAGGGUUUUGGUGCCUUUGAACGCUCAAUCUUGACACAGAUCGAUCAUAUUCUGAUGGACAAAGAAAGAUUGCUUCGAAGGACACAGACCAAGCGCUCUGUCUACCAAGUUCUUGGCAAACCUGAACCAGUAACGCAGCCCGUCCCAGAGAGUUUGCCAGGCCAACCGGAGACCCUUCCUCAAGCCCCUGCCAAUGCCCACCUGAAGGACCUGGAUGAAGAAAUCUUUGAUGAUGAUGACUUUUACCACCAGCUCCUUCGAGAACUCAUAGAACGGAAGACCAGCUCAUUGGAUCCCAAUGAUCAGGUGGCCAUGGGAAGGCAGUGGCUUGCAAUCCAGAAGUUACGAAGCAAAAUCCACAAGAAAGUAGAUCGGAAAGCCAGCAAAGGAAGGAAGCUUCGGUUUCAUGUCCUUAGCAAGCUACUGAGCUUCAUGGCACCUAUUGACCAUACUACAAUGAAUGAUGAUGCCAGGACAGAGUUGUAUCGCUCUCUUUUUGGCCAGCUCAACCCUCCCGACGAAGGCCACAGGGAUUGACAGCGCCCAUCUCGCUUGCUGCAGGCCUGGCAGCAGGGCCUUGGCACCCCCGUGGCACCUUGGCAGGUUGGCUGUUCAUCCAGCCGCAGACAGAGGAACCCAUGGGCCUGUGGAGUUGAGUGAGUCGGAAGAUCUCUGGGAAGGUGUGCUGUUCAGAACACAUGCCUUACAAGUCCCAGGAAGCCUGAAAUCAAGUGUCUGUGUCUCCAGGGCUUUGGUAUGCAAAGGGCCCCUCCCUUUCACCACCACAAAUAAAGAGUAUUGUCACUGCA